AUGUUGCCUGUCCCGCUCCUCUCAAAAUUGGGUAACUAUGAAGUUGAAGUUCAUGGCGUUAAAGUGAAAGUGAGUGUGGUUGAAGAUGGUCGGUUGAUUCGUGAAAAAAUAUCAGAACUGCGGGGUUUCUUGAAAUCCCAAGUUCCUGUUAUGGGACUUGACUUUAAGCCAGGAUCUUCGUAUGCCCAAAUGGUGCUUGUUUGUGCCGGAUGUCGUUGCUUGAUCGUCCCAGGGCUAAAGGAAGCACAAAAGUAUAUUCCUGGGCUUGGUUAUGUAGGUGAACGUAGCGUACAAGAACUUGAGCAGCUUCUCGCUGAUGACACUAUAGGUUUUGUGGGCAUGCGACUGAAAUUAAAACUCUCCCAGACCCUUCAUUAUAGUAAGUUUAAGAUAGGUGCAGACCUGGGUGAUUUGGCAGCCAAGGUACUGAAGAAACCCAAUCUCGCAACAUGGGGAUUAGCGGAGUUGGCAAGUGAAGUUGGUUUUGAUAUCAAGCCAGUUGUAGGCACAUCCUUAGAUGGAAGAUGUGUUGUUCCUGCUUGGAAUGCCACAGGUUUCUCUGAUGAACAGAUCAAGUAUGCAAUUCAUGAUGUUUAUGCUUCCUACCUUAUUGGCAAGAAGCUUUUGGACAUGCCUUAA